AUGUCAAAGGUCGUAGUAUUAGGAGGAGGUGUCUCAGGACUAACUACUGCUUUGACUUUAGUAAACAAAUUUAAGAAUGAAAUAAAUGAACUAACUGUUGUUUCAUCUGAAUUUCCUGGUGAUUAUCAUGCUCAUGAUUAUACUUCACCUUGGGCCGGUGCUAAUUGGGCUAGUUUUGCUAAAGGUAAUGAGCCAGAACAGAUUAAGCGUGACAGCCUCACCUAUAAGAAAUUCAUGGAGCUAGCAGACACUGAACCUUCAAGUGGUAUUAAAAAAUUUCCAUUGAAAUACUUCAUUCGCAAGAAUGAUAUGAUUCCUUGGUAUAUUGAAGGAAAGUUUGUAAGAGAUAUUGAGUAUCUAUCAGACGACGAGUUGAUUACGAGGAAUUUAAACCCUGAAGAAUAUAUCGGAAUUCAAUUCACCACUGUAACAGUGACACCAAUUAUUUAUAAUAACUAUUUAAUUGGGUUGCUGAAGAAGAGUGGGGUUAUCAUCAAAAGGAUCCCAAGAAUCAAUGAUAUUGAAGAUAUUAUUGACGUGCUUGGAUAUAAACCAGAUCUUUUGAUCAACUGUUCAGGGCUAAAUGCUGGUAGACUAUUAGAAAACCUUGAUCCAGAAGAAUUGUCCAAAGUUUAUCCUAUUAAGGGCCAAAUUCUUCAAGUAUAUCAAGACUUACCUUUCCAAAUGAUGAUUGACAAGUUGCCCUUAUCUGAUCAUGCCUUGCCUGAUCAAUUUCUUAACGUAUUCCCAAGAGGUGAAGGUGGGUGUAUAAUGGGAGGAAUAUUUAGGGGAAACGAUUGGUCAGAUCAAUUGAUAGAAGGCCUCUCUGAAAGCAUAAUUAAUGUUGUGAAAUCACAUAUUCCUGAAUUUACAAGUUUAUCAGUUUAUAAUACAUACACUGCAUUGAGACCUGGUAGAAAAGGAGGAGUACGUCUCGAAGAUUCGAAUUACGAUCUAUUAAGACACGAUGGCUCACUACGUGUAAUACAUAAUUACGGUAUAGGCGGUGCAGGAUACCAAUCUUCGAUAGGCUCCGCAGAAGAAGUCUCCUCUUUAGCAGCUAAAAUACUAAAAUAA